AUGACGGAAGAGAACUGCCGCAUCUAUGCGCCGGUGGGAAUGGUGACUCUAGCAGCUCUAGCACUGCUGCUGUGCAUCUCCAUGACCUCCAUGGAUGGGUGCACCACCGCUCAGUAUAUGGUGGGCGGGCUCGAUGCGUGGGGGGUGCCGCCGUCCAGCAAGCCAGACGUGUACGUGCGGUGGGCCAAGUAUGUCCCCAUAAAGCUCAGCGACGCCCUCUUCUUCCUCUACCCGCCCAGCAAGGAUAGCGCCGUGCAGCUCACCGCCAAGGCCUUCACCGCCUACGACGUGUCUGACCCGCUGCUCAAGCUGGAGGACGGCAACUCCGUCUUCAACCUCACCAAGACCGGGCGGGCCUACUUCAGCAGCGUCGGUGAGGAGGGUUGGGGAAGGAGCUCACCACGGCUCCAUGACCUGGAUCUGGUGUGA